AUGGCAGUUGUGCUUCUCGACCUGGUCAAAUGUCGCAUCCAGGUAAAUCCUAAGAAAUACAAGCCCAUCUUUAACGCCUUUUCCGUCACCCUGAGAGAAGAUGUGCUCCAGGGUCUGGGGCGAGGCUGGGCUCCUAUGACUAUUGGCUACUCCAUGUAAGGUCUUUGCAAGUUCGGCUAUUAUGAGCUCUUCAAAGCACUUUAUAAUGACUUGCUGGGAGAGGAGAACGCUUACCUCUGGAGAAUGUCAGUGUACUUGGCAGCAUCUGCCAGUGCUGAGUUCUUUGCUCUGGCCCCUAUGGAGGCAUGUAAGGUGCGCAUCCAGACACAGCCGGGUUACGCCAGAACUGGAGUUCUCUGGGGAUGUGUGUGUAUGUCUUUACUGAAUAAAUGUCAGAUGUCAUCUGAUCACCAUUUCUUCUUCUCUCAUUAUUUAGCUUGUGUGUUCUGCGCUGUGGUUUCUCACCCGGCCGACUCAGCGGUGUCCUUGCUGAACAAGGAGAAAGGAAGCUCAGCUGUACAGGUGCUUAAGAGACUGGGGCCUAAGGGUGUGUGGAAGGGGCUGUUUGCUCGCAUAGUCAUGAUCGGCACACUAACUGCCCUGCAGUGGUUAAUUUACGACUCUGUGAAGGUUUUCCACCUGCCACGCCCGCCUCACCCGGAGAUGCCCGAGUUUUUGAAGAGGAAGAUGAGUUUGGCAGGUCAAUAGAGAAAAAAAACGCUUAUACAUAUACACCUUAAGGGUGUAAUGUCAC